ACCCUUACCCUAUAUACAUAGAAGGCUAAAAGGUCAACACAAAAAAGUAAACAAUCACUUUAGUGCUAGUGGUAGUCUAACUGUAGUUCUGCAUUGCUAUGGAGCCCAGGUCUAGAUCAAGCAAGUACAGUACAAGCUCUAUGAGCAAGAGUCCUGAGCUUCACAAUGGGAUAGAGCUAAUGGACCUCCCACGAAGCCCAAAGUUCCCUCAGCGGACCAAUCCAGUCUUCACUCUGGAAGAAAGGGGCGUGUCUGACGAUGACCACGGGGGGAUAAGCGAGACUACCGACUCCGUUAUCACUACAAGCAGUACAGAAAAACCACCAUCAAGCAAGCGUAACUUGUUCAAUAUGGUGUCGCGACGACGUACAACCUCGCACAGCUCGGACGAGGACAGGACCACGCCCCCUCGACAAGGCAACAAGGUACUACGUUUCCUCACCCCUUCCAAAUCCUCAACUCCACCCAGUGACCUAGAGGCUAAGGUCAGCACCAACGGAGGGUAUUACAAACUUGCCCCCAAGGAUGCGUCAGUGCUGGAUAGGAUAUCCAAGCGUGCUCAACAUCACUCCAGUCGAGUGAGGAAACCACACGAGGUGUUUGUGGAGCUGGAAGAGUUACAUGUACGUAGUGACGUGAGUGACGAGCUGGAGUGGGAGGAGACUGCUCGCUGGAUCAAGUUCGAGGAGGACGUGGAGGAGGGGAGUGGGCGGUGGGGGCGUCCUCACGUCUCAGCCCUAGCAUUCCACUCACUCGUUGAACUGAGGAGGGGGCUGGAAAAAGGUGUUGUGAUGUUGGAUGUCGAGGGUGAGGAUUUCCCGACUAUUGCCAACCAGAUCGUGGAGAAAUUGAUAUCAUCGAAUCAGUUGGAUCAGACACAGCGAGAGUCCGUAUUGAGAAUCCUGCUUAAGAAACACAAGCACUCGAAUGACAUCACACUGUGGGAGAAACUGAAGAAAUCCGCUACAGACCCGGAUGGGACCUUGCACCAUAUUGGUGAGGGUUUUCGCAGAAUGAGCCAUGCCCACCCACACCACGAGUCUGGCCACACCCAUAACGGCACAAGACGUACGAGCGUGCCGAACCUUGAUCUGGAUGAGGAGGGGAACCCCACACAUUCUGAUAACCAGUUUAAGCGAGUAUCGUCAGCACCUCUCUUGGAGAUGAGCGAUAUUAUGUCACCAUCACCUGACCACGCCCCCAACGAGAGGAAAGUUAUAUUCGGUAUAAACGAGUACCCGACGGAUGCUUUCCAGGAUGCAGGAUUCACAAAUGGAAAUGAGGAUAUUGAUGACAAAGACGAGUGUGACAUCACAGUCAACAGUGAUACCAAAAUCGAUGUCGAUGUACACGAACCAGCUCUCCCCCAGCCAGGCAGUGAAUCAUCACUAAAGAGAAACAAGAGUGUCCUCUCCCUCAUGAGCAAAAUCCCAGAGGAGGCCGAGUCUCUCACUGUGCUUGUGGGCGGAGUUCAGUUUCUACAGCAACCUAUCGUGGCAUUUGUGAGAUUGGAUCAAAGUCAUCUCCUUGGUGAUCUGACGGAGGUGCCAGUCCCAGUGCGGUUUGUAUAUCUCCUCCUGGGGCCGGCCGAGGGUCAUUGUGAUUAUCACGAGGUGGGCAGGGCCAUGGCUACCCUCAUGUCCGAUGCGCACUUCCACGAUGUGGCCUACAGUGCUGAGAUUAAGGAGGACUUCCUGGACGCUAUGGACAAGUUCCUCGACGACAGUAUUGUGUUGCCCCCCGGUGACUGGGACGAGGACUUGUUGCUCCCCAUCAUGCACGAGAGGAACGAACUGCGGAGGAGAAAACAGCAUGCUCUUGAGGAGAUUCCCGACACUAAAGACCACACCCCUGAUCCCCUCAAACACUCUCGACGACCAUUUGGCGGAAUCUGGAGAGAUUUCAAAAAUCUAAUCCGACGCUAUCCCUCUGACUACAAGGACGCCUUCCACAUACAGCCGUUCAUUUCCAUCAUCUUCCUCUAUAUAGCAUUUAUAGGACCUGCGAUUGCAUUCGGCGGUCUAAUGGAGGAGGUCACGAACAAUCAGAUCGGAGUGUCAGAGACUCUAUUGGCGACUGGGCUGUGUGGGAUUGUGUACGGCCUGUUCUCCGUGCAGCCCUUAACGAUACUGGCUUUCACGGGUCCUCAGCUGUUGUUUGAGACUGUUAUAUAUCGGUUUGCAGUGGACUACUUCUCGAUCUCGUACAUUGAGUGGCGAGCAAUCACCUCUCUGUGGUUGAUGUUACUUCUCGUGUUGGCGGCUCUCUCUGAGAUCUCGUUUCUCGUCAAGUACUUCACUCGAUUCAGUGAGGAGAUCUUUACCGGUAUCAUCUGCUUCUUCUUCAUUUACGAGGCCUGUCUUAGUAUCAUUCAUAUAUUUGAACGCAACCCGCUGUGUGGUAUCAAUUACCCGUGUGGGAAGAUAGUCACAAACACCUGCGUGCCGCUCUACAAUGAUAACUACACUCUAAACAGCACCUUCAAUCAGACGGACGACUACACCGUCAGUCUGAUGAUGAACGGGUCUGAAGUGGCGCCUAAACUACCUCGCAACUUCAGGAUAUGUAACCAGCCUAACACUGCGCUGUGGUCCACUAUACUGUGUGUGUUCACGUUCUUCAUCGCUUUGUUCAUGCGUAAGCUGAGACACAGCAAGUUGUUUGGAAAACAGGGGCGUCGCCUAGUGAGUGACUUUGGUAUGCUCACGGCCAUUCUCCUCAUGGUACUAUUGGCCUAUCUCUUUAGAGAUCUCAUAGCCGUGGAGGUGUUGGUGGUCCCAUCCAACUAUGCCACGAGUAACAUCACUAGGGGGUGGUUCAUCAAUCCUUUCAACGGAGCACUCAGUAUUGGCGAGGGCUUUGGAGCCUUAAUACCAGCUGUAUUACUGUGCACACUGAUCUUCAUUGAGAACCAACUGACAAUGAUCCUAAUGAGUCGACCAGAUUUCAAACUUCGGAAGAGUGUAGGCUACCAUUUUGACCUCUUUAUUGUGGCCAUUUUGACAGGUGUGUGUGGUAUGCUUGGCAUACCCUGGACGUGUGGAGCCCCAAUCAGAUCCAUCCAGCACCUUCAAGCACUCAGUGUCUACUCAACCAAGAACCCACCAGGAGAGAAACCAAAGCUGCUCUACAUCAGGGAGCAGAGAAUGACCACUUUAAUUGUGCAUUUUAUGAUAAUUUUGACCCCCCUGGCCUACAUGGUGCUGGACCUGGUCCCCAUAUCAGUGACACUGGGUGUACUCUUCUACCUUUCCUACGCAUCCCUGAAUGGAGUGCAGCUGGUGAAGAGGGUUCUCCUCCUCUUCACACCGCCUAAACACCAUCCCAACGUCCACUACGUCAGGAAGGUUCGUACAUGGAAGAUGCACUUGUACACAAUAGUCCAGAUAGUGUGUGUGGCUUCUCUGUUCGGGGUCAAGAACUCCCCGGCUGGUAUGCUGUAUCCUGUCAUCAUCAUCGCCCUCCUCCCACUCAAGUGGGUCCUCGACAGAUACUUCUACUCUCAUGACGAGAUAGAGGCGCUGGACAGUGAGGAGGACUUCCCAGAGGACCACACCGGACACAGGGAGGAGGAGUUUGGAGAGUUUGAGGCCCACGUCCCUUAUUAGCUCCCUUAUCAACUGACCUUUAAUAGACAUGUGUGUGUGUGUGUGUACAAGUCCUAUCAGUUCAUGGAACGUGUAUUUCAUGGCCUUGAUUUUCUUUUUGUGCUUUUGUGUUGUAUAAUUAUAGUAAUAUCGUAA